GAGUCAGUUGCGAGGAGCGCGCGCGCACUCAGCGACACACGACACGAACGACUCUCGCGACCAAUAUUUACUUUGUACAUGGCAAAUGUUUGACGAUAUUUAUAUUAUGUGAUUAGUUUUUAUUUAAAAAAUAUUUUAACGUGGUAAUUUAAGAAUCUCCUGUACAAUUAAUUUAAAAGUUUGCAUGUUAAUAAGUUACGUUGUGGGACCAAAAUGACGAUAAAAAAUAAAAAGACUAAACAAUCAAAGACGUCAGAAGUGACCUCUUCUGGUAGUGCAUCGACUAGUGUUCAGAAGACAAGUUCGACUACUUCGGUGCAAAGCAGUAGUAGUAACACGGUGCAGAAGGUCAGCUCGUCGGGUAAGAAGGUCCGGUACAUUGAAGUUAAGGUCGAGGAGGAUGACCCGCUUAUGAUAACUGAUAUUUCGGACCACACUUCAAUAGCCGGCUCCACUAUAUCGGAGCAUUACAAUAGCCACCCGCACUACAUUAUUACGGAAGCUCCUUCCAUUAGUGACCUUUCUCAGACGCGCGCGCUGGAGCAUAAUGUGAGUGACAUGGCGCAGUCAACAUCGGGAGAAUAUGUCUCUAGUUCGGUCCUCCAGGAGUCUUCUUCAUCCCAUCAGAAUUCUAAAACUGAAACAUUCCAGACUUCAUCAACUUCUGUUCAGCAAUCAGGCUCUAGUCACAGCCAAUCUUUUGACAGAACGACUGAUUCCUCAGCUCCGAAUCAAACUCUUAAUACAGGCUUCAUCGAUAACUCUUCGUCUAAUGUUCACAACUCUAACACGUAUGUGAAACGAUCUCAAAAUGCAAACGCCUCAAAUUCGUUUCUCCAAUCGGAGCGUCAGAAUUUAAUUAAUCAAACAAAAUCGAAUACUAACGAUCAAAGAAACACAAAACAAAACGAGAGAGUGACCUACCGCAACUCUCCAGAGCCCUCUCAAAGGACCCAAACGGUUCGAUCUGACUCAUCUAACUUCUACGGAGGUGAAGGCAGCUUGGAUAAGAGAGGUAAUACUAAAGAAUAUACUAGUACUUCGCAGACAAGUGAAACUAAGAGCAGCAAUGUCACAAAAUCCUCAUCAUCCUCGUACGUAGUCGAGAUUGUCGACGGCAAGGAACGUAUCGUAGACAGUUCUAAGAGGGAGUGGGGAGAUGCACAAGAACACUCAUCUAAGGAGGAUUAUGCGAGCAUAAGUGGAACUGGCAUGAAGCCCCAGUCCGCUCACAGCGUCCAAAAUUAUGACAUGAAAGCCAAUUAUGACACAGGAAAGGAUGGAAAGAGACCCACUAGUGAAUUGACUGUAAAACAAGACUCAAAAUUCAUAAAGGAUGGAAAUCAAAUGACAUCUCAUUCAAGUAUUACAACGGAGAAAGAUAAUGUUGCUAAGCAUCAACAGUACAUAACAGACCGCGAGCAUUUAACUGAUGAUCAACAAUACUUAACAAACCGUGAUCAAGUAACAACUGAUCAAAAGUACGUGACAAACCGCGAUAACCUAACAUCUGACCAGCGGCACAACACAAGUCGUCAGUAUGUAACAUCCGACCAGCAGCAUGACAUUAAUCGUCAGUAUUUAACAUCUGACCAGCAACAUAACACAAGUCGUCAGUAUCUAACAUCUGAUCAACAAUACACAACAAGUGAACAAUCAACAACUGAUCAACAUUACACAACUCGGGAACAUUUAACUUCUGAUCAACAGUACACUACUCGUGAACAUACAACAUCUGAUAAACAAACUUCAUCAAUAAAAGAUGAUCACUAUCAGACAAGAAAUGUUUCUAACAACACAAACCAAAAUCGAAGAGAUGUUGUUGACAACGUCACCACAGUCAAUAAGGAAAUGGUUGAUGAUCGCCGACGUAAUAUGAAUCAGACAGAUUCAUCCAACUUUUAUGGAUAUGACACUACUAUUCAAAAUGAGCUAAGGAAAGUGGGUAAUAUAUUACAAGUGCCGAAUACUGAAAACAUAAACUUUUCAACGAAAAUCAUGAAAAGUAAUACAAGUAGUGCUCAACAAGCAUCGACGUCUUCUUACGUUGUUGAAAUUGUUGACGGAAAAGAACGUAUCGUGGACACUUCUCAUAGAGAGUGGGGUGAUAACAAAGAACAUUCCACCUACGAGAAGAGUCAUAAUGUCAGUGGUACGGGAAUAAAACCGGAACACGAGUAUACACGACAUGUACUGGAUAAAGAAUCUCACUAUGACACUGGUAAAGAUGGAGUUCCUAAAAGUUCUCUGCAAGUAUCAGAGGAGUCAUCUUUAUAUAAGAAUGGAAAAGAAAUUGCUUCUACUAGCAACCGCUAUGGAGGUGAUUUCACCAAGAAGAAGGCAAUAACAGAAUAUGUCACUGAUAGAGACGAUGUGCAUGACACCCGCGUUCGUGAUACGACUGAUCAGACAACGACAUAUAAAACUACAACUACUGACACUCAGUCAGUAAGAGACAUAAAAGAUGUGAAAGACACUACUGAUUUCGUGACCACAGAGAAAGAAAACCUGACGAAAGAGUCCACAUCCAAAACUACUUCUCAAACUAAAGAUACUUUGACCACAUAUGAAAGGAGCACCGGGACAUGGAAUGGAAAAUUUGUUUAUGAAACAGACGACGACAGGCCUAAGAGACCUAAGGAGAUGUCACCAUUCGGCAGGCCUGAACAACCAAGACAUCACUUAAAGCGACAGGACACAGAAGAAAAUAUCAUUUUAUCAUCUAGAGAUAUUAAAGAUUUUACAUCCAUCAGUGAUUUGAGAAAAAUCAUUGAGAGUUCUAAGUUCAACAAAGAUGUACGAGUGAGCAACAAAAACAUAGUUAUUAACAGAAACAUUGACGACCGUAUCCUUAAAGAAAUUAUAGAUACGGUGAAAAAGUAUCCUUUUAAGAGGAUUGAGAAAGUCACAUUUGGAACUAAGAUUAAUGAAGAUGUGAAGGACCUAUACGAAGGACUUGAUACAGAAGAAACUACUGUCGUAAGUACCACUACCGGCGAAACGACUAGAAAGGCAUUUGAAGUGGAAAAGAACAGGAGUCAAAUUGAAGUCACUCGUUACAUCACUGAAAAUGGCAUUACGAGAAAAAUAACAACUUACGAAGAUGCUAAGGAAGACGACAAGAUCAGGACGGACGUCUACGUCGACAAGAGCGCGUUAGACUUCAAAAACUUGCGCGAUGUCCAAACGACCGAAGACGUUAUUCGAGAAUACGACGUGGUGGACCGUGCCAUCACGGACACUACGAGGAAGGAUACUGUCAGCACCGUCUACGAUGAGACCAUCAUCGACGACAGGAGAACAAUGCGAGACGACAGGACUACAGUUGAGGAGACCGUCAUCAUCGACGAGACCAGGCCCAAGGGCCCCGGUCCCAAGAAACCAGAGAAGAUUGUCACUAAGGAACAGUGCAUCUGUGAAAUCUGCACCUGUGGGCGUCAUCGCUGCCCACACAACGAUGUCCCGGAGCCAUUGUUCGAUGUGGAGCACACGACCAGCGUGGUCUCCGCGUACAAACGCGACUACGACGAGAAACACGUGACUCGUACUACUGCUGUCCACCACGAGGACCACCUUCGUCUUGAAGGUGAUUUCCAAGAACCAGAGCGUCCUCAGUGGCAGCCUGCUGAGCGACCUAAACAAAGGAAACCCGAAGAUAAUCUUAAGCCAGAAGGAGAUUUUGAAAGAAGGCAACCUGAGGAAUGGCGUCCGGGUGAUCGUGCACCCGUCCGUAGGCCUCACGACAACUUGAGACCAGAAGGCGAAUUCACAACUCCCGAAAAAGAACCAUGGAGACCUGCUGAGCGGGAAAAGCCUAAAAAACCCGAGGAUAACCUGAAACCUGAAGGUGACUUUGAGAAACGACGACCUGAAGAAUGGCGUCCCGGUGACAGAGCUCCUACUCGCCGCCCAGAAGAUAACUUGAAACCAGAGGGUGACUUCGAAAAACGACAGCCCGAAGAUUGGAGGCCAGGUGAUAGGGCACCGGUACGUCGUCCUGAGGACAAUUUACGUCCAGAAGGUGAUUUUGAGAAACGUCGACCAGAAGAAUGGAAACCUGGUGACAGGGCUCCCGUCAAACGUCCUGAAGAUAACUUGAAACCUGAAGGUGACUUCGAAAAACGACGACCUGAGGAGUGGCGUCCUGGAGAUAGAGCUCCUACACGUCGACCAGAAGACAAUUUGAAACCUGAGGGUGACUUUGAAAAACGGCAACCGGAAGACUGGCGGCCAGGUGAAAGAGCACCUGUUCGCCGUCCUGAGGACAAUUUACGCCCAGAAGGAGACUUUGAAAAACGUCGACCAGAAGAAUGGAAGCCCGGUGAAAGGGCUCCAGUGAAACGCCCCGAAGAUAACCUGAAACCGGAAGGUGAUUUUGAAAAACGUCGGCCAGAAGAAUGGCGUCCUGGUGACAGAGCUCCUGUUCGUCGACCUGAUGAUAAUUUAAGACCAGAAGGUGAAUUUACAACACCUGAAAAAGAACGCUGGCAACCAGCUGAACGCCCUAAACAAAAGAAGCCUCAAGAUAACUUAAGACCUGAAGGUGAUUUUGAACAACCCAAACAAGACGAAUGGCGUCCUGCUGAACGUGUUACACAAAAGAAACCUCAAGAUAAUCUGAGACCAGAAGGUGACUUUGAACAACCCAAACAAGACGAAUGGCGUCCAGCAGAACGAGUUACUCAGAAGAAACCUAAAGAUAACCUUAGACCGGAAGGUGACUUUGAACAACCGAAACACGAGGAGUGGAGACCUGCUGAAAGGCCAGUUGCAACAAAGCCUAAGGAUAACCUUAAGCCUGAAGGCGAUUUUGAACAACCUAAACAUGAUGAGUGGCGUCCAGCAGAGCGUGUUACCCAGAAGAAACCUAAAGACAAUCUCAAACCAGAAGGCGAAUUUGAACAGCCAAAACACGAAGAGUGGCGUCCCGCUGAAAAACAAACGCCAACAAAACCCAAGGAUAACUUGAAACCUGAAGGAGAUUUUGAACAACCCAAACAUGAUGAAUGGCGUCCUGCAGAACGCGUUACACAGAAGAAACCUCAAGAUAAUCUGAGACCUGAAGGUGACUUUGAACAACCCAAACAUGAUGAAUGGCGACCUGCUGAACGUGUUACACAGAAGAAACCUAAGGAUAAUCUGAGACCUGAAGGUGACUUUGAACAACCCAAACAUGAUGAAUGGCGGCCAGCGGAGCGUGUCACUCAGAAGAAACCCAAGGAUAAUCUAAGACCAGAAGGUGAAUUUGAGCAACCGAAACAUGACGAGUGGCGUCCAGCAGAGAGGCAAACACCUAAGAAGCCUCAAGACAAUCUUCGUCCUGAGGGUGACUUUGAAACACCAAAACAGGAUGAAUGGCGUCCCGCUGAACGUGUUACACAGAAGAAACCUCAAGACAAUCUGAGACCAGAAGGUGAAUUCACUACACCUAAGAAGGAUGAAUGGAAGCCAGCUGAAAGACCUCAACAAAAGAAACCUACUGACAAUUUGAAACCAGAAGGUGAAUUCACGAAGCGCCAACCCGAUGAGUUUGUUCCUGCUGAAAAGGCGGUGGUGAAAAAGCCCGAAGAUAACCUACGGCCUGAAGGAGAUUUCACAACUAGACGAACUAUUACAGAAGAUUACAAAGUCGUUAUUGGUGAGCGAGCCGAAAUUAUUCGUCGAACUGACAACAUUAUUACAGAAGGAGAAUUUACAGAUACUACAACUUCUCGCACGGAGUAUACUGAGAAACCAGUGGAACGAACAAAACCAGUUCGUCGAAGAACGUGGACGAAAGAAGAUUUUGAAAAGUUUUAUUCUACAGAAGAGCUCGAAAAAAUUACUACUUCUCAAGAAGAAUAUAGAACAUACGAAGAAAUUGAUGUAAGGCAACAGAGAAUAAUAAGAAAAGAUAAUUUACACAUGGAAGGCACGUUUGACAGUCAUACUGUUUCCCACGAUACUUAUGGACCUAAACAUUCAGAGAGGCCAAAACAAAAGAAGCCAAUUGAUAACUUAAAGCCUGAAGGAGAUUUCGAGCAACCUAAACAAGAUGAAUGGCGACCAGCAGAGCGUGUCACACAAAAGAAACCUAAGGACAACCUUAAGCCUGAAGGCGAUUUUGAACAACCUAAACAUGAUGAGUGGCGUCCAGCAGAGCGUGUUACCCAGAAGAAACCUAAAGACAAUCUCAAACCAGAAGGUGAAUUUGAACAGCCAAAACACGAAGAAUGGCGUCCAGCGGAAAGACAGACACCAACAAAGCCUAAAGACAACUUAAAACCUGAGGGAGAUUUUGAACAGCCAAAACACGAUGAAUGGCGUCCUGCAGAACGCGUUACUCAAAAGAAACCUAAGGAUAAUCUUAAGCCUGAAGGUGACUUUGAGCAACCGAAACACGAAGAGUGGCGUCCUGCUGAGAGGCAGACACCUAAGAAGCCUCAAGACAAUCUUCGCCCUGAGGGUGACUUCGAAACACCAAAGCAGGAUGAAUGGCGUCCUGCAGAACGCGUUACUCAAAAGAAACCUAAGGAUAAUCUUAAACCCGAAGGUGACUUUGAGCAACCGAAACACGAAGAGUGGCGUCCCGCUGAGAGACAAACUCCCAAGAAGCCCCAAGACAACUUACGUCCUGAAGGUGAAUUUGAAACCCCUAAACAGGACGAAUGGAGGCCAGCGGAGCGUGUCACUCAGAAGAAACCCAAGGAUAAUCUAAGACCAGAAGGUGACUUUGAACAACCGAAGCAUGAUGAAUGGCGUCCAGCUGAGCGUGUUACCCAAAAGAAACCUAAGGAUAACCUUAAACCAGAAGGAGAAUUCGAACAGCCGAAACAUGACGAAUGGCGUCCCGCUGAGAGACAAACUCCCAAGAAACCUCAAGAUAAUCUUCGUCCUGAAGGUGAAUUCGAAACACCAAAACAAGAUGAAUGGCGUCCAGCAGAGCGUGUUACACAAAAGAAACCUAAGGACAACUUAAGGCCAGAAGGAGACUUCGAACAACCGAAGCAUGAUGAAUGGCGCCCUGCAGAAAGAGUCACCCAGAAAAAACCUAAGGAUAACCUUAAACCUGAGGGAGAAUUUGAACAACCAAAACAAGAAGAAUGGCGUCCAGCAGAAAGACAAACUCCGAGAAAGCCAAAAGAUAACCUAAAACCUGAAGGUGAUUUUGAACAACCUAAACAUGAAGAAUGGCGUCCUGCUGAGAAGCAAACGCCAACCAAACCACGCGAUAAUUUGCGGCCAGAAGGUGAAUUUGAGACGCCUAAGCAAGAAGAAUGGCGUCCAGCUGAAAGAGUCACUCAGAAAAAACCUAAAGAUAACUUAAAGCCUGAAGGUGAAUUUGAACAACCUAAACAGGAGGAAUGGCGUCCAGCCGAGAGACCAGUUCAAAAGAAGCCAAAAGAUAACCUCAAGCCAGAAGGGGAAUUCGAACAACCGAAACAUGAUGAAUGGCGUCCAGCUGAGCGUGUUACUCAGAAGAAACCUAAAGAUAACCUUAAACCAGAAGGAGAAUUUGAGCAACCGAAACAUGACGAAUGGCGUCCCGCAGAGAGACAAACACCCAAGAAGCCUCAAGACAAUCUUCGUCCUGAAGGUGAAUUCGAAACACCAAAACAAGACGAGUGGCGUCCAGCAGAACGUGUUACACAAAAGAAGCCUAAAGAUAAUCUUAAACCAGAAGGAGAAUUCGAACAACCGAAGCACGACGAAUGGCGUCCCGCUGAGAGACAAACUCCCAAGAAGCCUAAAGAUAAUUUACGCCCUGAAGGUGAAUUUGAAACCCCCAAACAGGACGAAUGGAGGCCAGCGGAGCGUGUCACUCAGAAGAAACCCAAAGAUAAUCUACGACCAGAAGGUGAAUUCGAACAGCCGAAGCAUGAUGAAUGGCGUCCCGCUGAAAGACAAACACCUAAGAAGCCUCAAGACAACUUACGCCCUGAAGGUGAAUUCGAAACACCAAAGCAGGAUGAAUGGCGUCCAGCAGAGCGUGUUACACAAAAGAAACCUAAGGACAACCUUAAGCCCGAAGGAGACUUCGAACAACCAAAACAUGAUGAAUGGCGCCCUGCAGAAAGAGUCACCCAGAAGAAACCUAAAGAUAACCUUAAGCCUGAGGGAGAAUUUGAACAACCAAAACAUGACAAAUGGCGUCCAGCGGAAAGACAAACACCUAAGAAGCCCCAAGACAAUUUACGCCCUGAAGGUGACUUUGAACAACCCAAACAGGACGAAUGGCGGCCAGCGGAGCGUGUCACUCAGAAGAAACCCAAGGAUAAUCUACGACCAGAAGGUGAAUUUGAACAACCGAAACAUGAUGAAUGGCGUCCAGCAGAGCGUGUUACCCAGAAGAAACCUAAGGAUAAUCUUAAACCGGAAGGAGAAUUUGAGCAGCCAAAACAUGACGAAUGGCGACCUGCCGAAAGACAAACUCCAAGGAAACCUAAAGAUAAUUUGAGGCCCGAAGGUGAAUUCGAUACUCCUAAACAAGAGGAGUGGCGUCCAGCUGAACGAGUGACUCAAAAGAAGCCAAAGGAUAAUCUUAAACCUGAAGGUGAAUUUGAACAACCGAAACACGAUGAAUGGAAACCAGCUGAGCGGCAAACCCCUAAGAAACCUCAAGACAAUCUCCGUCCUGAGGGUGACUUUGAAACUCCCAAACCAGAAAAAUGGCGACCAGCUGAGCGACCUAAGCAAAAGAAACCUCAAGACAAUCUCAAACCAGAAGGUGAAUUUGAACAGCCUAAACAAGAUGAAUGGAGGCCUGCAGAGCGCCCGGUUCAGAAAAAGCCUAAAGAUAAUCUCAAACCAGAAGGAGAGUUUGAACAACACAAACCAGAUGAGUGGCGACCAGCUGAGAGACCCAUUGCAAAGAAACCUGAAGAUAAUUUGAAACCAGAGGGUGAAUUUGAGAAACCUAAACCUGAUGAGUGGCGUCCUGCUGAACGACAAACGCCUAAGAAACCUCAAGACAAUUUGAGACCCGAAGGCAAAUUUGAAACACCUAAACAAGACGAUUGGCGUCCUGCAGAAAGGCCCGAAGUUAAAAAGCCGAAAGAUAACUUGAAGCCAGAGGGUGAGUUUGAAAAACCAAAGCAGGAUAAAUGGCAACCCGCUGAAAGGCAAACACCCAAAAAGCCACAAGAUAAUCUUAAACCCGAAGGUAAAUUUGAACGACCUGAGAAACCAAAACAUGUUGUUGGUGAAAGACCUGUUCAAAAGAAGCCAGAGGAUAACUUGAAGCCUGAAGGAGACAUGGAAGUAGUACGAAGAACUGAUUACACUGCAACCAGAGGAGACAGAGUAGAAGUAGUUAAACAUGAAGAUCAUCUCAGAAUGGAAGGAACCAUUGAUACUCAUCGUUCACGAGAUGAUUACAAGCGUAUAGAGAGAACCGAAAAGGUUGUCAUUCAGAGACACGAAGAUAACUUGAGAACCGAAGGUGAGUUCAUUGACCUAACUGUUCGAAAUGACUACAGUGCUACGAAAGGUGAAAGGGCUCCUGUUGUGAAGCCUCAAGAUAAUUUGAAACCUGACGGUAAAUUUUACAAACCUGAGGUUGUUCCAUCUAAACCAGCUGAGAGACGUAAACCAUUUAAACAAGUCGAUAACAUCACUAUUGAAAGAGAUGUUGAUUUACGCCAACGUCAAAAGAUUGAGCGACUUGAUAUAAUUAGAAGAGAAGAUAACUUAAAGAUUGAAGGAGAAUUUAUCGAUAUGAAACAAAAAACUGAUUACAAUAAGGUCGUAGGUGAACGCGCUGCUAUUGUAAGACAUGAAGAUAAUUUGAAAAUGGAAGGUACAAUGGAAAAUGUCCGUUCAUCUGAUACGUAUCGUGUCGUUAAAGGACAAAGAGUGAAAUUGACUCGACGAGAAGACAACCUGAAAAUUGAAGGAGUCUUUGAAGAUCACACGCGAAGGGAUGAUUACAAGGUGACUAAGGGUGAAAGGUCUGCUAUUGUCUACCAUCGCGAUAAUUUAAAACCCGAAGGUGAAUUUGAAAAAAGACCUAAGGAACAGGUUGAACCUGGUGAAAAACGAACUCCGAUUAGACAACCUGAUAGUUUGAAACCUGAAGGUGAUAUUGAAAGGCCAUCAAGACCGAAAUGGGAGCCAUCUGAACGACCUGAUUUAAUUAAACAUCCGGAUAAUUUACGUCCAGAAGGAGAUUUUCCAAGUCGCCCAAAAACGCAAUGGCAGCAAGGAGAGACGCCAGAACAAGUACGGCCAAAGGAUAACUUAAAACCUGAAGGAGAUUUUCCAAGCCGCCCAAAAACUCAAUGGCAGCGAGGAGAAACGCCAGAUCAAGUACGCCCAAAGGAUAACUUAAAACCAGAAGGAGAUUUUGAUAGGCCCUCACGGCCGAAGUGGGAAACGUCUGAGAGGCCCGAACAAGUGAGACCUAAAGACAACUUACGGCCUGAAGGUGAAUUUACAGAUAGGCCUAAGACUCAGUGGCAGCCUGGUGAGACACCAAGUCAAGUUCGGCCUAAAGAUAAUUUAAAACCUGAAGGCAAUAUGGAUUCGCGUACUCCUCAAAAAUGGGCUCCAGGUGAAACACCAGCACAAGUUCGACCAAAAGAUAACUUAAAACCUGAGGGUGACUUUGAUCGUCCUUCUAAACCUAGAUGGGCACCUGGUGACAGACCUGAACAAGUAAGGCCAAAGGACAACUUGCAUCCCGAAGGUGAGUUCACUGAUAGGCCUAAAACUCAGUGGCAACCCGGUGAGACACCAAAUCAAGUUCGUCCUAAAGACAAUUUACAUCCUGAAGGUGAUAUGGUUUCACGUACACCAUCUAAAUGGGCCCCAGGAGAGACACCUUCUCAAGUUCGUCCUAAAGACAAUUUGAAGACAGAAGGUGAUGUUAGUUAUCCGUCACGGCCAAAAUGGGAGACUGGAGAUAGACGAAGUCCAGUUAAACCAAAGGACAACUUGUAUCCUGAAGGUAGCAUGGAUUCACGAACUCCAACAAAGUGGGCUCCAGGAGAAACUCCAGCUCAGGUUAGGCCUAAAGAUAAUUUGAGGCCAGAAGGUGAUUUUGAACGACCAGGACCUCAGAAAUGGAGCCCUGCAGAAAAGUCAGGACCUGUAAGACCAAAAGACAACCUUUACACCAAUGGUGAUAUAACAAAGCAUGAUACCAGCAAAACGCAAACAAAUGAGACCACAAGAAAGACUACAGAAACUAAGUCUGUCACUGGUCGUGAUGAUCAUGAUGUUAAAUCUCAAACAGUGUCUCGUCAUGACACUCAUGUACAUCGCGAUGAUCAAUCUCAUACAUCUCACUCGGAGACACACGUGAGGCGGUCCCACAUCACUACCGAUCAUUCCACUACAAAGCAUACUCAUUCUGGUACGCACGGCAAACAUAUUAUUACAUCACACGAUGUGGUUGAUCGUAGCGGGUCCCCGAAACCUGUCGAACGGGUGACGACACCCCAAGAUAACAUUCCUGACAAACAUAGAACUGUUGGUGUAACAGAUCGUUCUGUGUCUCGUAGUAGUACAGAUAGGACUGUAGUCAAUAAAACUGACACUAAAAAUCUGAAAACUGUCACUACUACAACAACAAAAACUAUUAAGCAAAUAACAGAAAAGAAGCUUAGAGGAGGUAAAUGGGUGAAUGUAACACGAAACGUUGAAGUGGAUGUAAUUGAAGAUUCCGGAAAAUCCACACCUCAGCAAUCUGCACCGAAGAGAGAUGUCGAAGAUCGUACAAGCCGCACUCGGCAAGUAGGAAACGACACAAACACGACGCAGCGAACAGUGUCAUCUGAUUACGUCACAACGUCUUCUACUAACGAAGUUAAUAAUACAACACAAGGGCCAAGAGGUACGCCAGGACCAAGAGGUACACCACACGGGUCAUCUAUUCUUGUGGAUCAACAACAUUCUCGAUCCAACCAACAACAUAUUAUUGAUAACACUCAAAGAAUACAUUCAUCAGCACAAUCUGUUGUAUCUUCGUCUUCAAGUCAAAAUAUAACAAAUCAACACCACACAACACAAAGAAUUGUUGGCAGUUCAAAUAUUUCUCGUGAUCAUGUUGGUCAAAAUACCCAACACUCAACCACUGACAGUCACAUAACUAGAGGAGGUGACUCGACCCAGAGAAUCACAUCAUCUGAUUAUUCUGGCAGGCAAUCCAACCAAGGACACGUAUCAGAGAGUCACAUCCAGAGAAACGUCACCUCGUCAACACAAGUCCACAAAGGGACUCAUUCUGAACAACACAUUUCAAGAUCAUCUCAACAUUCGACGAACAGAAAUCAAUUGAGUGACAGCGUUACAAAAACGAGUAUAGAAUUCCAGAGAGCUAUGCACGGUGGUGGUAAUGAUCCUCCGGCCAACGUAAUCGAUAGCUCUUCGCGUAGCGGACAUCAUAAACGCACCUCUGACUUGGUAUCCGAUUCCAAUUCAUCGAAUGCAAUUUUACACCGCAAAGGCGUCCAUUCAAACACAGAAGCUCAUCAUUCGAUAAGUUCCACAGCUGCUGCACAGAGAAAGAGCAUCGGUAAUCUCUGCGAACGAGGUGAAUACAUUAGUAACUCCACGCACAGCACAGACAGAAAAAGCAUUAGUUCUAUGCACAGAUCAACAAGAGAUAACAUGGCUGUCAUUUCACAACAUGAAAGUUCGGACGCUCGCCGCAAUCAAACAAGAAGAGAUGGGCAGUCUACUUUGGCGACUGACCGUCAGAAUACACGAGUUGUUAGAGAUAACUUGAGAGUAGGUGGUGAUUUCUACGGUCAAUCAGAAGCUCGAUCUUAUGGAAGUUUUUCGCGUUCCGAACAUGCUCAGAAAACGGAUAGAACCGAACGAGUUGAGCGCGUGGAACGCGUAACACGCCACGGAAAUGCUUCUCAUUUUGUCUUGGGAGACGGCAGCACUAGUUACAAGCGAGAAUUCACAUCCCACGUUCAUGGAACUUGUCCUGCUACAUUGAUCGAAUCUGGACGCACUCCUUUUAAACACACGCGUGAUUCUCGCGAACAUAAGUUUUACGCGACAAAAAUAACGCAGCAGCAAUAAAUACUUGUUGUAGUAUCAGCCUAGAAAAGGCUAAAAAUAUUUCAUUCCUUAUUAUUAAUUAUUAUGAAGCUUAUUUAAUGUAAUCCUGUUAAUGUUAUGUUAUUUACUUUACACGCAUUCUAACCUGCUAGUCUUAAUUAACCAUGCCUUACUAUUAUGCAUAAUGUAAUAAUUUGUUAAUUUAACAAGUUUCUAUAUUGUUUUGUCAAACAUUGCCAUGCAAUAAACUUUUAUAUAAUUAA